AAAGGAUAUCUUACUGUUUUCUGUCAACAUAAUCGAACAACGUUCGGAGGGAUAGAGAAUUUAUAAGUAGCAACCAUGGAUUCAUCCAUCACUCCCACAGCUGUUUCUUUCACUCCAGUUUCUUAAUUUUAGUUGGCAUAAUCUUUUAGCAAAACUAUGUCAAAGAAAACAGUAGUGUCAGUGAAUUUAUUCUGCUCGAAGUGCAGGCAGAAGGUGAUGAAGUCAAUUGCAGCAAUAGAAGGAAUAACUUCUGUCGUACUCGACCCGUCAAAAGAUACAGCGACUGUAAUUGGUGAAGCUGAUCCAGCAAAGAUCAUUAAAAUGGUGAGAAAAUUCAUAAAAUGUGCUCAGAUUAUUAGUGUUGGCCCUCUCAAAGAAGAGAAAAAGGAUGAAAAGAAAGAGUCAAUCCCUUCUCUUCCGAAAAUAUGUCAAAAAUGUGAUGUUUGGUACGUGAUCGGUGAAGAUCGUUACAAUUACUGUACCAUUCUAUGAGUAGACAAAUAUAUUUCUUGUGUAUUAAGCAGACACUAUUUUUAUGGAAUUCGAUCAUUUGGCUGACUGACAGUACGUAACGAAGAGUAUAUCCAGUUUCUGUGGAAACAAAUGUAACCAGGCUGUUCAAGCUUUCCACAAUAUUUCUUGUAUUCCUUGAAACGUUAUGUGGGAGUCGCAUAUGACUCAUGUCUAGAAUAAGUCGACUUAUAUAUUUGUCUUUGCCGGUGUUCUAGCUGUCUCCUGGACAUCACCAUGAUGAAAAUGCUUCUUUGUUCAUGGUGUUCAACAAUGUCGCCAGCAAGUCAUGUUGAUUAUGUUAAUAAAAUCAUGCACUAAUGGUUCUUUUC